AACCGGCUGAACGUUGGUGUGUGCAGGCAGCAGCAGCCGUACCGCGGCGGGGGCCACGGCUGGGACCGGACCCUCCAGGCUCAGCAAUCUGCGUACCAGCAGAACCUGAACCGCGGCGGGGUGGGACCGGGCGGCUACCAGCAGCGCUACGACCAGCGCCGGGAAGACUGGGGCGAUCGCCGUGACAACCGGGGCCAGCAGCAGGCCAGAGGAUUCCCUCUUCCUCCUCCAUCCAGACAUAUCCACUGGAAUAACUGAAUUUUCCAGGAUGGGAAAUUUUUUAAAAUAUUUUAAUUUUCUCUGUACAAUAUUUUCAUCUUUUUAAAACCAGCUUGUAAAACGUGAUGUUGACGUUUUGUUUCUGAGAGAAAAUUGUGGAAUAAAACAAAUGUUGCUGGGAUUAAA